UUGCGAUUGUGUAGCGAGGCCACUCUACGCCACUCAGCAGGACUGAACAGCUGAAUUGCUCAGCCAUGCAAAAAGCCUUGGUCGCUAUUCUCCUCCUCCUCACGCACAUGGCGCAACUUGUGCCCUUGCACAAGCGCAUACGCUAUCCCUCAGACGAUCACCACGCAAAUUCACUCGCGCCGCACUUGUUCCCUACAGCUCGAGUCGCUCACUGAUCAUUGUGAAGCUGGAUGCUUCCAAUGAAGCAUCGCUCCACAAAUGUGCGCACUCGCGCGAAGAGGAGCACAGACAAACGAUCGACGCACCGCCUCGCUCAUUUGCUCUCCUCUUGCUUGCUCACACUUUGCUGCAGUCUCCCCUGCGCAGGCCGCCCUUUAGACUUGAACAACGACAAUGGCUACGCUUUAAAGCUUUUCUCGGUUCCAACUCUUGCAUCGCAGGAAUUCGCUUUGCCGCGCUCACAGACUGACGCGCUGCUAAAGCGCCGCACCCCGUCACUGCCCAUCGUCGCUGGCAAAGGCGGCACGCCAGAAGAGACCGGCUUGAAUGGCAGAAUGCGACGAGCUCGACUGCAUCGCAGAGCUCCGCUGCUGCCAUUAGAGCAAGCGUCUAAAGGUGGGAAAGAGCUAGUGGAUAAGGCCGUGGGUGGGGCUUCUUCUGAGCAUCCGCCAAUCACCAAUGUCGAUAUUGGCAAGCAGCUCGAGAGGAAGCACAAGGGACCGUUUCGCCGUCUGCCUGACGGGGUCGGUUCAGCCCGAACGCUGGCCCGACAGAAGGAACGCGCCAAGCUUAGACGACAAGGAGUCAUCGCAUUUGCUCCUUCGGGUGCUCCUCACCAACCCUUGCAAGGCUCAUCGAUAGCGAGCGGCUCUUCUGCUCCGCAAACCUUUCCCGACGCUCCAGCCAAGGAUCUACCAGCAGUUCAUAGGCCUUUAAAGUACAGGUGGGGCGAAGGCUCCACUGCCACCCUUUACCGGCAAAAGAAGGAGCUCAUCAAGCAAGGGCGGGUGGAUGAGGUGGAGAAAUUGAUAGGUGAUCCGAGAUUGAGCAAGCAGGCAGCGACUCACAACCAAGGCCUGUCGGGAGGCCAAAUCUCCAAGGCACGGCAGAAGAUGAGGGUCCAAAAGAAGACGGAGAUCGAAAUUUGGACCAGAUAUCCGGGCGAUCCGAGAUCUGCUGGAACGCGCGUGAGGCAAAAGUUGUUGGAGGAAUUGUCUAGGGCAGGUCCAGAGCAUCAGCACCUCUGGCCCGUCGGCACUCCCGAAACUCAAGCUGCUCGACGCACGCAUGACCGCAACAAGCUGCGCGCAGAGGGUCUUUCCGACACGGAAGUGUGGCAGCGCGUUCCCAAGAAGGUAGGUCAAGGUCGAAAGGCUGCCGAUCAGAAGAGUCGUGGUGGUGGUGCGCGGAGGGAUCCUACCGUUGCUGGACCUGAGCUAGGAGUUGGUCCGGGAAAAUGGACCCGCCCGACACCGUUGAGUCGAGAUGCAGCACCACCUGCGCCGCCAGCAAAAACAAUCACGACUCGGAAGCCGGAGAGCAUUGCCAUUCCUGAAGCGGGACCUGUCACUCCUUCUAGCGUUCCCACCAGGCGAAAGAGACCCCUACCCUUCGACCUGAACUUACCUCCUUCGCCAGCAUCGCCGCAUUAGGCGCAAAUUCCAGCUAUGCCCGCAAUGGCACUGAUCGAAUGCACGCUGAUCAGGCGCAAGUCGAGGGCACAGGUAGUCCGGAACAUUUCUCGAUGUGCGGCACAGAGAGAGCGAGAGGGCGAAGA